AGCUCUCUCAUAUCUCAUACAGACUACAGUAAUAUUUUAUUUGCACUACUACUACUACUUUAUUUAAGCAGAAGCAGGCGAGUGAGGAAGAGCGAAGAGUGAAGAGAAUGGCUCCCAAGGGUUUAACCUUUCUGGCUGUGUUAAUAUGCGUUUCAGCACUGUCACUGAGUCCUUCUGUUGCGGGGGAAGGGCAAAAUAAUGGCCUUGUUAUGAACUUCUACAAGGAAUCAUGCCCUCAGGCUGAAGACAUCAUCACAGAACAAGUCAAGCUUCUCUACAAGCGCCACAAGAACACUGCUUUCUCCUGGCUCAGGAACAUCUUCCAUGACUGUGCUGUUCAGAGUUGUGAUGCUUCACUGUUGCUGGACUCCACAAGAAGGAGCUUGUCUGAGAAGGAAACAGAUAGAAGCUUUGGGUUGAGAAAUUUCAGGUACAUUGAGACCAUCAAAGAAGCUUUGGAAAGAGAAUGCCCUGGAGUUGUUUCAUGUGCUGAUAUCCUCGUUCUCUCUGCCAGAGAUGGCAUUGUUUCGCUAGGAGGUCCCCAUAUCCCUCUUAAGACUGGAAGAAGGGAUGGUAGAAGGAGCAGAGCUGAUGUGGUUGAGCAGUUCCUCCCAGACCACAAUGAGUCCAUUUCUGCAGUUCUUGACAAGUUUGGUGCCAUGGGAAUUGACACCCCUGGCGUCGUUGCACUGCUUGGAGCACACAGUGUUGGUCGAACCCAUUGUGUGAAGUUGGUGCACCGUUUGUACCCAGAGAUUGAUCCAGCUCUGAACCCUGACCACGUCCCUCACAUUCUGAAGAAGUGCCCUGAUGCCAUUCCAGACCCUAAGGCGGUGCAGUACGUGAGAAACGACCGUGGCACUCCCAUGAUUCUAGACAACAACUACUACAGAAACAUAUUAGACAGCAAGGGUCUCUUGAUAGUGGAUCACCAACUAGCCAAUGACAAGAGGACCAAGCCUUAUGUGAAGAAAAUGGCCAAGAGCCAAGACUAUUUCUUCAAGGAGUUCUCUAGAGCCAUUACCUUGCUCUCAGAGAACAACCCUCUCACUGGCACAAAGGGUGAGGUCAGAAAGCAGUGCAAUGUUGCCAACAAGCACCAUGAUCAGGACCCUUGAAUUUUCCUCCCCUUGUCUAUGAUCGAGGAAGAAAAUCUGUAAUAUAUUAUGCAAAAAAUAAUUAAGGUCUUUUCCUUUAAAUGGGCUGGUUCAAUGAACCGAGACCACUGCAGGUUCAUGGGGAUGGGAGGAUUAAGAGGCUAUGUUUUUUAAUCUUCCGAUGUUACUGUUGUUUUUUUUUUAAUUUCAAUAAGGAUAUUAUAUAUGUAGUACUAUGCAAGUAGCUUAGAGUUGGGUAGAAGGGCAUGUUCAUGGUGUUAAUUAUGUUAUGUAUGCGUGUGAGUGCUGUUAUGAUGGCAGUGACAAUGCUUAUGAUAUUCAUACUCAUAAAGCUAGGUUGUUCUUUCUAAAUAAAUAAAUCAUGGCCCAUGGGCAUUAUACACUGUUAA